UAUUUUCCCGAGUUCUUCGCGAAACUGUCUCAUUUUCUCUCCCCUUCUUUGUUGGGAAUUUUCUCCUUCAUUCUUUUUUUCUUCUUUCGCUUAUAAAUUUUUUUAGUAUUUUUUUUAUAAUCAUUAUUCCAAAUUUUGAUUCUCCUCAGAUCCCAUAUUCUUUCUUUCUUCAUCGAUAACCGCACUCUCUCUCUCUCUGCUGCUUCCACAAUACGCCAUUCUCUUAUAUUCUUCUUCAUCUUUGAUUUUUCUUCUUCUUUUCCAUGUUUUCUACCCUCACAAUGCAGCGUUUCAAAAUGGGUUUCUCUGACUAUAUCCAAGCAUUAGAAGAAGAACGCCGUAAGAUUCAGGUCUUUCCUAAAGAACUUCCCCUUUCCUUAGAACUCGUCACACAAGCUAUUGAAGCUUGUAGACAACAAUUGAAUUUGUCUGGAACAACAAGUGAGUAUAAUUUGAAUGGACAAUCUGAGUGUUCUGAACAGACAACAUCAACAGAAGGACCUGUUUUGGAAGAGUUUAUUCCAAUUAAGAAAAGGGCUUCACCUUAUUGUGAACAAGUGUAUGAUGAUGAUGAAGAAGAAGAUGAUGAACAGCAUUCUCAUCAUAAGCAGCAAAAGAUUUCAUCAAAUGAUAAUAAUAAGAACAGUGAUAAGAGGAAAUCUGAUUGGCUUAGAUCUGUUCAGUUAUGGAAUCCAGAUCCUUCAUCUGAGGAGGUUGUUACUAGGAAAGUGCCUGCGUUGGAAUUGAAGAGAAGUGGAACUUGUGGUGGUGCUUUUCAACCAUUCCAAAAAGAAGAAAAAGUUAACAACAAAGGGGAAUCGUUGAGUAAAGGACAAGGACAACAACAACCUUCUCCGAUCGGUGUAGCUGCCGCGAGUUCUAAUGCUGUUACUGUCACCAGUAACAAUGCUGGAAGCUGCAAAAGAGAGGAUAAAGAUGGACAGAGAAAGCAACGGCGGUGUUGGUCGCAGGAGUUGCACAAACGCUUCUUGCAGGCACUUCAACAACUUGGAGCUGCCACACCAAAGCAAAUCAGAGAACUAAUGAAUGUUGAUGGCCUUACAAAUGAUGAAGUCAAAAGCCAUUUACAGAAAUACCGUUUACACACAAGAAGACCAAGUUCAUCAGUUAAUGAAAGUGCCAAUUCGCAUACAGCAGCACCAUUUGUCCUUGUAGGAAACAUUUUUGUCCAACCUGCAGAAUAUGGUGGGGUAGCUUCAUCAACAACAACAGGGGAAAUGACAAAGUUGGUGGCACCUUCUGGAAUCUAUGCACCAGUGGCCACACAUCCUCCACAAGUUUCUUCAAUUAAGAAGCCAGAGUUUAAGAAAGUAGAGUUGUUUGAACACUCAAUAUCAGAAGAAAGGACUAAUCAUAGUGAAGGCGUUGUUCAUUCAAACUCAUCACCUACCUCAUCAUCCUCUACACAUACUAUUACUACCACUACUACUUCACCUGGCUUUUGAGUUUUGAACAUGUAAAAGUUCUGUGACAGAAAUCCUUGUAGAAAAAAUCUUUGAUAUUUUUCUUUUGACUUUUUGUUGUUGUUGUUGUAUAAUGUGUUUCUUACUGUUGUAUGUGAUUUAAAUUAUAGAGUUAUAAUACUCGGCAAGUGACAGUUUUGAUCUUGAAUAAGUCACACACCCUUUUUAGCUGGAUACCAUGUUGUCUGUCUCCUUAGAACAAGGUAUAAUGAAAUUUCAAAUUUUCAA